AUGUCUGCUAGAUUUGAUGCUCCAGGUGCCGGCGCUCCCGCCAAAAAAGCCUCCAGAUUCGAACAAUUUAGACAAACUCCUGCUUUCCCAGUAUUGGUGAAUUUGAGUCUAUUCGUCGCGGGUAUUGCAUUUAUCCAGUCACCAUUGAUGGACAUGAUGGCUCCUCAAUUGUGA